AUGCGCAAAUGUCUUUUCGUGUGAUUACAGUCGGUCGUGUUGGCUGCUCUGAAAGUUUCUAAACGUCAUCAAUUAAAUGUUCAAGGUUCAGGAAAAAUAUGAAUUUUGGAUGGAGAAAAUAGCUAGUAUCCCUGAAUAAUCGCCGUCUAGUUUGGAAAAUGUCUGCUCCGAAUCCUAAUCUAUCCCAGCCACUUAUGUAUUCGAGUAACCAAAAUGCCUAUUUACCGAAUGCAGGUACAGGAAGCCAAUUAUCUAUGUCUGGAAAUGUGGUGAGUGGGCAACAACAGUGCUCUCCCUUGAAUCCCGGAGUGCCACCACCAAAUAUGUCUCAGCCUUUUCCGCAUCCAGGUUUAUCUCCUAAUGUUGCUCAAAACUACAGUUAUCCUGUCAGUCCGUUAGAAUCCUCAAUGAAAUCUCCUGCACAAAACUUUACCAGUGGGAUUAAUACUAAUUUGCAUUCUGCUAGUCCAAAGAAUCCGGUUUCUUCGUUUAGUACAGAGAAACAACCACAUAGUCAGCAGAAUGGACCUGUAUCUAAUCCUGUAUUCAGUAGUGCAAAUGCUGGACCAAGCAUUAAUGGUACAGAUUCAUUUCAGUUAAAUGGUAUUAGUGGGACAAAUCAUCCUGUAUUAUCCAACCAGAACAGCCCGGCUUCUCCGUGGACACUACAAUCAAGAAUGCCUCCUCCACCAGGUCAACUAAAUCAAAAAUUGCCACCAUCUGGCACAGGUGUAUCUCCAUUGUCUCAUCAGUUUCCUGGUGUAUCGUCCCAAUCUAUAGCUGCUGAUGGCAAGACAGUGCCUAAGCAAAUGCAGGUGCCUUCUCCAGGUUUACCAAUGCCUUAUGGUAAUCAGAAUACCAGUUCAUGUAGCCCACAAGUAACACCAGGAACAUCUCAACCUCCCUCUGCCCGCUCCUCACGAAACCCUUCUCCAAUUUCUACUCAGCGGUAUGACUACAUGGAAGGGCAGUUUUCAAAUAAACCUAGUCCAUCAAAUUCUUCUCUUAGUCUUCAAAAUAUGGGCAUGAGUCCAAGUAUGGGUUCUGGUCCACCAAAUUUUAAAAAUGCCGGUGACACUGGCCAGACUAUGUCACCUCACACUCCAAAUAUGUAUCCUGGACCCGGCAUGUCUUAUCCGCCCACAAGCUCCCAUAUAACUUCCCAGGCAGGUACUACACCUGGACCACCACCUGUCACACCACAGACUGGACCAAUUAGGCCUCGUUAUCCUCAGCAGGUUGGGUAUAACCAGUCACCUUCUCAGUAUACUAGUCCAGUAGUUAGUCAGCCUAGUAAUUUACAGCCACCUAGUUCAAUGUAUAACAAUUCACCACAAACUCCCUACCAGCCACAGCAACAACAGUCACCACAGGUGUCCUAUCAGCAACAACAGCAACAAACAUUGCCGGUAUCCUAUCAACAGCAGCAACAGCAGCCAUAUCAACAGAAAUACUUUGGUGGUCUACCUGAUGGUCCAGUUGGUGGAGUUGCUGGAUAUGAUCCUCAGUUGCAUGCAAAAAUGGCUGGUCUGAGUGUUAACAGUAGUUUCUCUAGGCUUUGGGGCAAUGACAACAUAAAUCUCCUUCAAGAUCGUAAUAUACUCCCUGCAGUUCCCCUAGAAGCACCCAAACCAGUUUUAACACCAGACCGACCAAACUGUAGUCCAGAUAUUUUUAGAUGUACUCUGACGAAAGUACCUGAUACUAGCUCUCUUCUUCAGAAAUCUAGAUUGCCAUUUGGUAUUUUAAUACAUCCGUUUCGAGAUGCCUCAAGUCUCUCUGUAAUUCAAUGCAAUACAAUUGUGAGAUGCAGGAAUUGUCGAACAUAUAUUAAUCCAUUUGUAUCAUUCAUUGAUCAGCGUAGAUGGAAAUGUAACUUAUGUUUUAGAGUCAAUGAUUUACCUGAAGAAUUUCUUUAUGAUCCUGCUACAAGAUCAUAUGGGGAUCCUGCCCGUAGACCUGAAAUAAAGAAUGCUACCAUUGAAUUUAUAGCUCCUUCAGACUAUAUGCUCAGGCCACCCCAGCCCGCAGUUUAUCUUUUCUUGCUUGAUGUUUCUCAUGGUGCUGUAGAAACAGGCUAUCUUCAUGCUUUUUGUAAGAUUUUACUAGAAAACCUUGGUGACUUGCCUGGAGAUUCUAGAACUAAAGUGGGCUUUAUAACAUUUGAUGGCAGUAUUCAUUUUUAUAAUCUUGGUGAAGGUCUGAACCAACCUCAUAUGUUGGUUGUAUCUGAUGUGGAAGACAUUUUCCUCCCAUCUCCAGACAGUUUGUUAGUAAACCUACAUGAGAGCAAAGCAUUAAUUGCUGAUCUUUUGAAUGAUCUUCCACAAAGAUUUGCUUCAAAUGGAGACAUUAAUUCUUGCUUGGGAGCUGCUUUGCAAGCUGCAUACAAAUUAAUGUCUCCUGUAGGUGGUAGGGUCACAGUUGUACAGACCUGUUUGCCAAAUUAUGGUCCUGGAGCUUUGAAGAAUAGAGAAGACCCUAAUCAAAGAGCUGCAAAGGAUGUUUCCAAUGUGGGACCUGCUAAUGACUUCUACAAGAAACUUGCGUUGGAUUGCUCAGGGCAACAAAUUUGUGUAGAUUUAUUUUUGCUCUGCUCUCAGUACAUCGAUAUUGCUACUAUCAGUUGCAUUUCAAAAUUUUCGUCUGGUUGUAUAAACUAUUAUCCUGGUUAUCAUCUUCAACUUGGUAAGGUACAAGUAGAAAAAUUUUCAGGAGAUUUCAAGAGGUAUUUGACAAGGCGUAUUGGAUUUGAAGCUGUCAUGCGUAUAAGGUGCACUCGAGGUUUAGCCAUUCAUACUUUUCAUGGUAAUUUCUUUGUGAGAUCUACAGAUCUAUUGUCAUUGCCAAAUGUAAAUCCAGAUACAGGAUAUGGCAUGCAGAUAGCUAUUGAAGAAAAUUUAACUGAAUACAAUUCUGUUUGUUUCCAAGCUGCUGUUCUCUACACAUCUAGUAAUGGAGAGAGACGGAUUAGAGUCCACACACUGAGCUUGCCUGUUGUAUCAAUUUUACAAGAUGUGCUUGGAGGAGCUGACCAGGAAACCAUUAUUGGUUUAGUUGCAAAAAUGGCUGUCGACCGCAGUAUAUCAUCUUCACUGACGGAUGCAAGAGAUGCUCUCAUCAAUGUGUGUAUUGAUGUAUUAGGUGUUUAUAAACUGACUAUGUCUGGUCAAGUGGCUGGUGCUCUCAUGACACCUUAUUCAACCAGAUUGUUACCUUUGUUCAUCCUAGCCUUGUUGAAACAUGUGGCCUUCCGAACGGGUGUUAGCACAAAACUUGAUGAGAGAGUUUUUGCUAUGGAUCGCAUGAAAACAUUACCAUUGCCAUAUUUAAUGAAAUACAUUUACCCAACACUUUAUCCAGUUCAUGCGUUGGAUGAUAAGAAUGCUAUUCAUCAGGAUGAUGAUGCUGUUAUACCUCAGCCUCCUAUUUUGCAGUUAUCGAGUGAAAAAGUUGAUCGUCAUGGAGCUUAUAUUUUAGAUACUUUUGAUGUCCUGUAUUUAUACAUAGGACGUGCAAUUAACGAUCAUUUUUGCUCGAGCAUUCUCAAUGUCCCGAACUUUAGUGCCAUUCCAGAAGAUAUGAGUUUUUUACCUGAAUUACCAACUCCUGAAUCUGAACGCAUGAGAAAUUUUGUUUCUUGGUUGCAAGAUCAAAGACCUAACCACAGUCCCCUUAAGAUAAUAAGGGAAGAUGGCCGGGAUCGACAUAUAUUCUUGCAGUACAUGCUAGAUGACAGGACAGAAUCUUUAUUUUCCUAUUACGAGUUCCUGCAACACGUACGACAACAAAUUUCGAAGUGAAAGGUGCUGAGGUUAAUACUCACAUGAUGAUUGUUAAAUACCUCUAUUUAAAACAAAAAUUGUAUUAUUGUUAGACUUGAAAUUGCUGAGUCUAUUAAUUGAGGGAUUCUUUGGAAGUGGUAUGCAUACUCUUGUGGACCAAAAAUUAAAAUGUUUCUCCAACUUGUAUGUGAAAUGAGAAACGAACCAGAAUUCUUAUUCAAAGACUGACUGGUAUGUGCAACAUCAUAUAAUGAGCAGAUUGAAAAAGAAAAUAACUUUAUAAUUCAGUUUUUAUAUUUGCUUUUUUGUCUCGUUGGUAUUUUAAACCUAUAAAUUACGGUUUACAAUCAAUUCUAUUUAGCCAAAUUAUAAUUAUUUCUGUGAUUGGAAUAUAAGAAUUACUUUUAAUUAUUUAACUGUCCCAAUUUUUUGCCAGUUACAGAAUAGAGGAUUGUAAUUUUAUAGAAAUAAAGGAUUGUUAUAUUGUAUAUUUGUCAUUUGAGUGAUCGUAAAAAAAAAUCAUGUUAUCUUAGAUAUUGUACAUAAAAAUACAUUAUACGUGGAGGAUAUAUUUGAAAGAAAAUAAAGCCAAAGCCAGUGCUAUGUAAAAUACUUUAUAGCAGAAAUGCUGAAGUCAAGUGCUAAGUAUGAGCUAUUGUACAAAUCAUCUUGUAUCUGUGAUUGUGUCAGAAUUGCUUCUGCUGAAGUUUGAUUGAAAGCAGAUCUAGAUUCUAAUUUAAUGAACACAUAAAUAUCGUGUCAUAGUGAUAUAUUGUGAAAAGAUUUCUGAUAGUUUGAAUAUUUGGCAGUCGAUGAAAUUUGAGAUAUGAAGGACAGAGCAUUAUCAAAUAGUAAUAAAAUAUUUAUUAAGUCUAGUUUUUAUUCUAUGGACUGUCAAAAUGGUUUAUCUGAAAAAUCUGCCCCAGUUUCAAGUUCUCCCCAUGCCAUACAAGACAAUUUCGAGAAGUUAUUCUUCUCAAGCCAAGUAUCAAGUGCAACUGCAUCUCAUACUGGAAGAAAAUAUGCCUUUGCGUUCUGCUUUUUAAAUUUGUGUAAGUAUUAAAUAAUAAAAAGGUGACUGGUCACA